UUACUUGCAAACCACUUGCAUUGUUAUUUGUCACAUUUUUUACAGCCAGGUACAGAAAACCCAAUCGCUACCUUGUGGGUUGUUGACAUUACAUUUACGUCAAGUAUUCCCGCCCCGAGAAAUCUUCGCCCACCGAAAGAAAUUCAAGAAAGAGAGCAUUACUUCACCCACGUUACGUGGAUCGAUCAGACACGUUUAUCUGUCGUCUGGCUACGACGUACCCAGAACUUGUCUGUCGUCAGUAUAUGUCAUGAGCGGAACGGAUGGGCAUGUAACACGAACCUGGAAGAGAUCAGUACCACUGGCUGGGUAGAGAUGGCUCAUCCUCCUCUUUUUACAGCAGACACGAAGUAUUAUUUUCUUCGACUUCCUGUAAUUAUUAAAGAGAAUGGUAGUUUUCGCCAUAUUGUCAUGGUUAGCGUUAACGACAAGAGAAAAAGACCCGUCACCGGAGGAGAGUAUGACGUCAUCCAGAUUUUGGCCCACCGCCAGGAUUCACUUUCUCUUCUGGAUUCUAACGAUGCCUUGAAAGAGUUAUACCGGAAGAGGGCGCUGCCGCAAGUCCGAACAUUCCAUGUGCCCAUUGAAGGAGGAUUUAAGGCAAAUGUACGUCUUCUCCUACCACCUGGUUUACAAGAUAACGAAAUCACUCGUUAUCCGAUGAUCGUAUUCGUUGACGGAAGGCCAGGACAUCAACUAGUAACUGAACGGUUCGAAAUCCACUGGGGAACUUACCUGGCCAGUAAGAAGAACUUUAUUUACGCCACGAUUGAUGGAAGAGGCAGUGGCAACCGUGGCGACGAAAUACUCCAUAAAAUAUAUAAGAAGCUGGGAAGCGUUGAGAUAGAAGAUCAGAUAGCUGUCUCCAGAUACCUAAAGAAUGACUUACCAUUUAUCGAUCCUGAAAAGAUCGCCAUCUGGGGCUGGUCGUACGGAGGCUAUGCAGCAGCGAUGGCUUUAGCCACAGACACUGAUGUUUUCGAAUGUGGAAUAUCAGUUGCCCCUAUAACCAGCUGGCGAUAUUAUGAUUCCGCAUACACUGAACGAUAUAUGCAGUUCCCGGCGCCUGAUCAAAACUACUUAGCUUAUGAAAAGUCGAGCUUGGUGAAAAAAGCAGCCAAUCUGAAAGGAAAGAAAUACCUCUUAGUUCAUGGCACCAGUGAUGACAAGGUCCACCUUCAGCAGUCCAUGAUUUUGAUCAAAGCUCUAACUGAUGCAGGUGUACUAUUUCAAACACAGAUUUAUCCAGACGAAGAUCACAGCCUUACCCGUUUCACUUUGCACUUAUACCAGACAAUGGAAUCUUUCCUGGAUCAGUGCUUUGAUAUUCCUCGCAAAGAGGAGGCAGGACUUCAAAAGACAACCAAAAAAGUAUUUAUAGGAGGAAGAUAGUGACAGUUGAAUGUACAUUUCUUCGGUUCUUCAAUGUUUUUAUGUCUUUACUCCACAUACUUACCGAUAGAGAGCGCCAGGCUACUUUUGUGCCAAACAAUGUAUCGUUAAGGAUUUCUCUUACAUUAUUAUUAUUACUAUGUAUACAUAAGUUUCCUAUUAAGAUACUAUGAGUUGAACUUUCACUGUUGCUACAUGUUCAAGAAAGAAUAUAAACUUUGCUCGUUUUGUAGACUAAGAGAUAUUGAUAUGUAUGUUGGUAAAUACAGCAGAGAACCUAAAAUGGGGGAAAAGUUACGUCUGUGUCUGGCUCUGGAUGAGGGGAAUAAACGUUAAGUUCCGAUAAUUUAUCAAUUUUAUCCGAAUGAAAAGAAGAAGAGAGCUCACUAACUUUCAGCUCCAAUAAUUUAUCAAUUUGACCCGAAUC